CCAAGGCUGGACCAAGGCAUCAACCCGGGAACCGAGCCGCUACCGCCUGCUGAACGGGCUGUCACUCAGCCCAACGACACACACGUUCGGGGCUCAUCCCCGCUAUGUCGCCGUGGCAUCACCCCACGGCCUCCCUCCUGGCGGAAGACACGCGCGCCUGGCGCACGUCCCCAGCUAGCGGCUGCCUCCAUCUUGUCCCGGGUCUCCUCCACGCCAGCGGCGCGCUGUUAUUUUUAACCUUCUAAACCUGGGGAGGAGGGGGAGAGGGGAGGGGCGCGGGUACGCCGGGAGGCAGCCGCGAGGGACGGAGGCAGGGGAAGCCAGCGGCCGCCAAGGUCACCGAAGCCGGGACAAAGGACGCGUGGGAGACGGGGCCUACGGGAACAGGGCUAGGCGACUUCCGGCAGCGCGGGCCGUCCACCCCCGACCCCCGCCCUCUCCGAGGACAAAGCGGAGCGCGACGCGCGGCCCCGCCCUCGGCGCGCGCCCGGACGCCCGGCACGGGAACGCGCACAACGGUUGGAAAUGGCGGUUAAGGCAGAGGAGGGGCUGGGGGAAGCGAACUUUCUAGGCGCUCCCUGGCUCGGGUCACCCCGCUGGCGAGACAGGAGCCGGUGGCGCUUCUCCAGGCUGCCUCCUCUCUCGUUCCAUUCUUGACGGCCGCUUUCGGGACUGGAAAAACUGUCGUGGGCCGUGGAACAAAGGAGGGGGCCACGGCAGGCGUGGGCGCAGUCACAGGAACGCUCCCUAAGAUGGCCGCCGGCGAGGGAGGGUGGGCAGGGCCCUCAGCUUCCGUCGCGGGCCGGAAGUGACGACUGGCACCCAUGGCUGCCGCGCGAGAGCCCCAGGAGCCGGAGAGGAAGCCCUUUAAGCUCCUAGGAAUUUUAGAUGUUGAGAACAUUCCAUGUGCACGAGAAUCUAUUCUAUAUGGCUCACUAGGAUCAGUUGUGGCUGGACUUGGACAUUUCUUGACGACCAGUAGGAUUAGGAGAUCAUGUGAUGUUGGAGUAGGAGGAUUUAUCCUGGUGACUUUAGGAUGCUGGUUCCAUUGUAGGUAUAAUUUUGCUAAGCAGAGAAUCCAGGAGAGAAUCGCCAGAGAAGGAAUUAAAAAUAAGAUUUUAUAUGAAAGCACCCACCUUGAUCCCGAAAGAAAACUCAAGAGCAGUAGCAACAGCUGAGCAACCCUAAGC